CUCUUCAUAGACUUCAAAGCGGUGGAAAGGGCUUUAAGAAACAAUGACUGAAUACAAGUUCGAUACCGAUGUUCUCAAGCUGCUGUUCUCCAAGAAGGAAUUCUGGCAGAAGAGAGACCCGAUUACCCUUCAAGUACUUAACGUGAAAGUCAUCACGAACGACGCGGGCAACAGGCUACGUUUGAUCUUAUCUGAUGGUGUUCACAGUACCCAAGCGGUCAUCAGACCAGAAGCUGUUCAGUACUGUACUGACAAUGGCCUGAAGAAGUCGUCCAUUGUUACUCUUGAGAGCUAUGAGAUUGAAAGAAUGGGGAAAGACAACAAACACGUUAUAAUCAUUAGCAGUUUGACCAUACUCCAGUCCACUGCGAACAAAGUUGGUGGGAAAGUUGAGCCGCUAGACGAAUAUUUCCUUCACCAUCCAGAUGAAGAUCUAUACCAAGGCAGUGAGGCAGAGGCCACUCCAAUCCCUGAUAGUGGCACCACCACACCAGCUCCUCAACAACUUCCAGCGAAGAAUGUUGUUGCUGCUGCUGCACCUGUUGUUACCGUGCCAAAGACAAAUAUCAUCUCAACCUCUUCUUCUACGUCAAAGCCAAAUCAGAAGAAACCUUCAAACAUGUACAACCUGGAUCAACUUUCUCCAUACCAGAACAGCUGGACCAUUAAAGUGCGUGUGUCCUACAAAGGUGAGAUGCGUACCUGGUCCAACCAAAAAGGUGAAGGUAGACUUUUUAGCGUCAAUUUCAUGGACCAGACUGAUGAGAUUAGGGCAUCUGCUUUCAACGAGGUUGCUGAUAAGUUUUACAACUUUUUACAAGAGGGCAAAGUUUACUACGUCUCGAAGGCAAGAAUUCAACCUUCAAAACCACAAUUCUCAAAUUUGAGUCACCCUUAUGAGUUGGCCUUGGACAGGGAUACAGUCAUUGAAGAGUGUACGGAUAACGAUGGCGUUCCAAAGAUUAACUUCAAAUUUGUCAAGCUCAAUAAGGUUCAAGAUUUGGAGUCUGACUCAAUCAUUGACGUUGUAGGUGUCAUAAAAGAGGUCAAUCCAGCUUUCCAGAUUACUUCCAGAGCUGGUAAAUCAUAUGACCGUCGUGAUAUCACCAUAGUGGAUGAUUCCCAAUUUGCCAUUUCACUGGGUCUUUGGAAUAAAGCUGCUGUUGACUUUGAUAUCCCACAGGGAACUGUUAUUGCAGUUAAAGGUGCUAAAGUUAGUGAUUUUAACGGUAAGACCUUAUCAAUGACCCCCUCUGGCACCAUAUCUGCAAACCCCGAUGCUCCAGAGGCUUACUCACUCAAAGGCUGGUAUGAUGCUCAAGGCCGCAAUGAGGAUUUCCACUCAUUGAAAACUGAAAUGACAUCCAAAAAGACUUCUAUUGAGGACCGUAAGUUGAUCAUCGAUGCACAGAACGAGGAAAUAGGAAUGGGGGACAAGCCUGCGUUUUUCUCGAUAAAGGCCUCCGUCAAUUUUGUCAAGACGGAUAACUUUAGUUAUCCUGCCUGCUCCUCCGAAGGUUGCAACAAGAAGGUCAUUGAACAGCACGAUGGAACUUGGAGAUGUGAGAAAUGUGAUAUCAACCAUGCAGUGCCAUUGUACAGAUACAUCCUAACAGUUUCAGUGCUUGAUCAAUCUGGACAACUGUGGCUGACAAUGUUUGAAGACCAGGCUAAGCAGUUCCUUGGUGUGAGUGCUAAUGACCUCGUGAAGUUCAAAGAGGAGGAGAACGACAAGUUUGUCCAGAUAGUGAGUGCCGUUCAAAUGAAAGAAUUCGAAUUUAGGAUCAGGGCCAGACAGGAUAAUUACAACGGCCAAGUGAGAAUCCGUUACAACGCAGUCUCAAUCAACACAAUUGAUUACAGUGCUGAGGCUGUAUAUUUGGUUGACAAGUUUGACAAGUUACUUGGAUAAUUGGCAAGUUGUGAUUAUAUCCUCCUUCACUUAGGUGUCUUUUUAACCGAUCAAUAAACGUACGUUUGUGCAUAAGGUACGUGGUCACACACAUUCUCGGUCUCAAAAAUACGAACUUGAGGUCGACUUUCUGUUUUUGUUCGUUCUUUUUCUUUCUUCCCAAAGCUGCGGUACCCGAUAGGCUUAUUAUUAUUAAGAAUUUACCAUACAUUUACGACUCGUUAGAUGUAAAAGGGUGUGAAGUCACAAACUUUUACGCAAGCAUACACAUCUCAUACCAGUUGGACUUGUGCUUUACUUCGAAUGGUAACUUGUAAGUUGUGAAGAUUGAGGUGCAAUGUACAUCGAGUCCGAGGUCUUUAACACGCCUCGUCAAGUCGUUUAUAUAUCUGUGUAUAAUGCAUAUAUCUGUGUAUGACAGCCGUUUGUUAACAUCCUUGGACAAAAUGUUCAGAGGUAUUGUGUGUCCC